UCACCUACCUAGACGCGAAGCCAGCUGACCAUUCUUACACACCCGCCAUCGCAGUCACAUGCGCUCCAUCUCGUCUUAAUCCCGACGCCGUCCAUGUCCGUUCCCGCGAUCCGUUUCGCGGCUAAAAAGUCCGCGAGGGACUGCACAGGCACUGUCCAGUUGCUGUGUCAUGUCAAGCCUGGGGUCAGUGCAGGGCGCGAGGGCAUCGCAGCGGUAUCAGAUGAGCGCAUCGACAUAUGCGUUGCGGCUCAACCAAAAGACGGCGAGGCAAACAAGGCAGUGAGGGAAGUUAUUGCUGAUGCGCUUCGAGUCCCAAAGUCCGACGUUGAAGUCGUAAAGGGGAUGAAGAGCAGGGACAAGACCGUGGCUGUUCAGGUGAGCGUCAAAGGCACGACUGAGCAAGAAGUCAAUCGCAUCAGAGCGGUGUUGGAGAGCACGAUAUGAGCAAACGACGAGUUUACCAAAGCAUUACUAUUAUAUUAAAGUCAUUAAGGAGCGUCGUAUAUACACCAUAAACAUAUCCGUCCAUCGCAUGAUUGUUCAUUAUCCCAUCCCAUUACAUCAAAUAGACAUUACCAACUCGUCUUCACCAUAACCAGUGUUGACGAUGAGUCUAGUACUGCCACGCACCAGGCUGGUCAACCGCAACGGUAAGUGCGCUGAA